CUCAGAUUGUGAUUAUGGUUGCAUAACUGUGAAGAUACUAAAAAACCAUUGAAUCACACGCUUUAAAUGAGUGAACUGUGUGAUGUGUGAAUUAUAUCUCAAUAAAGCUGUUUGUAAAAAAUUCAAAACAGUGAAACAGACACAUGCCACAGCCAGCUGGACUCAGCCCGGCCUGCCGCCUCCAGCAGGCCCCGUGGGCAGCGGACUGGCAUUCCAGAUUCUGCUGGAGAGCAGGUGACUGCCCUCUCUCCUGGGGGGCGGCCCACAGUGCUGAGGGGAGGACGGGGCCCAGGGCAGGCAGUUGGCCUGGGCCAGGCAAGCCCCAGGAGCAGUUGGCUCUGGAGACCUUGGGCAACUUCCUCUUUUCCCACUGGGAGGGACUGGCCUAGGGGUGGGAAGUGGUUGCCACGGGCCUGGGUAUAAGGGCACCACCUUCACCACCACCCUGCAGCCUCAUCAUGCCAGCACUCAGGCUCCUGGGCCUGCUGGCCGGCCUGCUGGCGACCUCUGCAGCCGGCGCGGCCCCCCUGGUGGACAUCGUGGGUGGCAGAAGGGCCCAGCCGCAGCAGUUCCCCUUCCUGGCCUCCAUCCAGAACCAAGGGAAGCACUUCUGCAUGGGCUCCCUGCUCCACCCCCGCUUCAUCCUGACAGCAGCCAGCUGCUUCCGCAGCAGGAACUCUGGGAUUGCCACUGUGGUGCUGGGUGCCUAUGACCUGAGGCGGCGUGAGAGGACCCGGCAGACCUUCUCCAUCAGGGGUGUCAGCGAAAAUGGCUAUGACCCCCAGCAGAAUCUCAACGACGUGCUGCUGCUGCAGCUGGACCGUGAGGCCAACCUCACCAGCAGUGUGGCGCUGGUGCCGCUGCCCUCCCAGGACGCCAUGGUGGAAGCCGGCACCAACUGCCAGGUCGCAGGCUGGGGGAGCCAACGGCCUAGAGGGAGGCUCUCCCGCUUCCCAAGGGUCCUCAAUGUCACUGUGACCCCCUCAAGCCGGUGUCGCCCCAACAACGUGUGUACUGGCGUCCUCACCCGCCGAGGCGGCAUCUGCCAGGUACGGGUUCCUCAUGGUGGGAGGAGGGGUCUUGAAAGGUGGUGAGCUCUCCGAGGUGGGAGAAAGCAAAUCUAGGACAAGGGUCCUGGGAUUAUGUGUGGAGUCAGAAUGGGAUGUUUCAAACACUGGAGCAUCUUACCAGCAUGAGAAACAGUAUUCCUUAAACACUGCACUCCAAGCCCCGUGCUGGGGGCUGGAGACACGGCCGGGAGCAGGACGGGCAGGGCCUGAGCUUUUGAAGCAGGAGCCCCAGACCUUGUCAGGACAGGGGCAUGCCCAGGGCACAUCCAGCCGGGGUGUCAGGAAGUUCCCAGAGGCAAGCGGGACCUGAACUUCAAGCAGGAAUUAAAGCAGCACUGGCGAGGGACAAG